AGUCAGAGUUGAGAGACAGAGGCACCCCGGACAGAGACGUGAACCGCUGAAUAGACCAAAAUGACUGAAAAGGCCCCAGAACCACACCUGGAAGAGGAGGAGGAGGAGCUGGAUGGGAAGCUCAAUUACAAGCCUCCCCCUCAGAAGUCCCUGAAGGAGCUGCAAGAGAUGGACAAAGAUGAUGAAAGUCUAACUAAGUACAAGAAAACGCUCCUGGGGGAUGGCCCUGUGGUAGCAGACCCCAAAGCCCCCAAUGUCACUGUCACCCGCCUCACCCUGGUCUGUGAGAGUGCCCCAGGACCGAUCACCAUGGACCUCACCGGGGAUCUUGAAGCCCUCAAAAAAGAAAUUUUUGUGCUAAAGGAAGGUGUUGAAUACAGAGUGAAAAUUUGCUUCAAAGUGAACAGAGAUAUUGUGUCCGGCCUGAAAUAUGUUCAGCACACCUACCGGACUGGGGUGAAAGUGGACAAAGCCACAUUUAUGGUUGGCAGUUACGGGCCUCGGCCAGAAGAGUAUGAGUUCCUGACUCCGAUCGAGGAGGCUCCCAAAGGCAUGCUGGCCAGAGGCACCUACCACAACAAGUCUUUCUUCACCGAUGACGACAAGCACGACCACCUCACCUGGGAGUGGAACCUGUCCAUUAAGAAGGAGUGGACAGAAUGAACACAUCUGUCUCUCCCUGCCCCUGCCCUGCCACCUGGAAGAACCCUCUCUGUUGUGUUCACCGCCCUGUCCCUCCUCCCCGAUCACAGCUGGGCCCCUCCCCUGACACCCCUCACAUCCUCUCUCUCAGAGUGGCCCCUGGCACUGGACGCCUAAAACCCAGGCUUUAACCCUGCCCACUCCUUCUGGUCCCCCAUCACAGCCAGAUCGUCAAGGGUCUGUUCCUCAAUACACAGUCGUUUAACAUUUCUCCUCUUAUUCCCAUUUGAGGAACUAGAGGCCGGGAAAUAGGCAAACAGUCACUAACCGCCCUUUUGCCUUGGGUUCCAGUGCUCAUUCCCUACCCUGGAUUCUUCUGUGGUUGCUGCUGGCUCAGUGAACGUCCCUAGCCACAUGCCCUGCCACUUGGGUUCUUCUUUUCUGGGAGACACUUACACAGCACAAGGGAGUGAGAAUAAAGCAGUUGUUUGACCUGA